CAAGGAUGUGUGGACUGUCCCUUCCUGUUUUAGUGCCGAGACAGCCACCGUACCGACACAUCGGAGCAGGGAUACACUUUCAACGUGAUUAUGUCUGUUUUUUCGCUCUGCGUAUCAAACAAUCGCUUAUUUAUACCUCGCCGUUGGAGCCAGAGUGUACCGUGUUAGCGCCGUCGGGGAAGCCGCUGUGUAAUGUUAUGUUAUGUUAUGUUACGGAUCGCUCGUAACAUAGCAGGCCUAUUUACUGCGCUGCCAACCCUUGUUCCUUUCCUGUGUCAAUGAGUGUCCUACCCUCACUCUCAUGGCGGAGACUAAAAUCAUAUACCACAUAGACGAGGAGGAGACUCCUUAUCUAGUUAAAUUAUCAGUCUCUCCGGAAAAAGUCACCUUAGCGGAUUUUAAAAAUGUCCUCAACAAUCGCCCGGUCAACAGCUACAAAUUCUUCUUCAAAUCGAUGGACCAGGAUUUCGGGGUGGUCAAAGAGGAGAUUUCCGAUGACAACGCCAAGCUGCCCUGCUUCAACGGGAGAGUGGUUUCAUGGCUGGUACUGGCGGAGAGCGCACACUCUGACGGGGGGUCCCAGUGCACGGAGAGCCACCCGGAGCUGCCCCCCCCCCUGGAGAGAACGGGGGGCAUCGGAGACUCACGGCCCCCUCCUUCCAGUACUGCCAACGCGGUGAGCAGUCGCGACGGCCUUGACACGGAGACGGGCACCGAGUCCCUACUCAGCCACCGGCGGGAACGGGAGCGGGAGCGGGCGCGGAGGAGAGCGCGGGAGACGGAGAUCCCCCGCAUCAACGGCCACGCCAAGUCAGAGCGCACGGCGCGGGACUCGGCCAUGGGCUACGACAGCGCCUCGCUGAUGAGCAGCGAGCUGGAGUCCAGCUCCUUCGUGGACAGCGAGGAGGACGAGGACGCCAGCAGACUGAGCAGCUCCACCGAGCAGAGCUCCUCCUCUCAGCUGAUGCGCCGACACAAGCGCCGCCGACGGAGGCACAAGGUGGCCAAGAUAGACCGGUCCUCCUCGUUCAGCAGCAUCACCGACUCCACGAUGAGCCUCAACAUCAUCACCGUCACGCUCAACAUGGAGAAAUACAACUUCCUGGGCAUCAGCAUCGUGGGCCAGAGCAACGACCGGGGCGACGGGGGCAUCUACAUCGGCUCCAUCAUGAAGGGCGGGGCGGUGGCCGCGGACGGCAGGAUAGAGCCCGGAGACAUGCUGCUGCAGGUGAACGAUGUGAACUUUGAGAACAUGAGCAACGACGACGCAGUCAGGAUACUCCGAGAGAUCGUGUCUAAAACUGGUCCCAUUAGUCUUACUGUUGCCAAGUGCUGGGACCCCUCCCCCCGCAGCUACUUCACCAUCCCCCGCGCCGAGCCAGUGAGGCCCAUUGACCCCGCUGCCUGGAUCUCCCACACCACGGCCCUGACCGGCCCCUACCCACACUACGAAUUCGAUGACCUACCGCUGUCGGCGAGCAAGACAGACAUGGCGACCAUCGUCAAGGUGAUGCAGUUGCCCGACUCCGGUCUGGAGAUUCGAGACAGGAUGUGGCUGAAGAUCACCAUCGCCAACGCCGUUAUCGGUGCGGACGUGGUGGACUGGCUGUAUUCCCGGGUGGAGGGCUUCAAGGACCGGCGCGACGCCAGGAAGUACGCCAGCAGCCUGCUGAAGCACGGCUACCUGAGGCACACGGUCAACAAGAUCACCUUCUCCGAGCAGUGCUACUACACCUUCGGAGACCUCUGUCAGAACAUGGCGUCGCUCAACCUGAACGAGGGCUCCAGCGUGGGGGGCUCUGAGCAGGACACCCUGGCGCCCCUGCCCCCCAGCACCAACCCCUGGCCCCUGGGCGGGCAGCCCUUCCCCUACCCCCCGUUCCCCUCCGCCCCGCCCAGCUUCCCCCCCGGCUACUCAGACCCCUGCCACAGCUUCCACGGCGGCAGCGCCGGCAGCCAGCACAGCGAAGGUAGCAGGAGUAGCGGCUCCAACCCCGGCGCCGGGAAGGCCCGGCGCUCCUCGCCCCAGGAGAAGGCCCAGCGCUCCACCUGCAGCGAGUCGGAGCCCGGCGUGCGGGCGGCCCGACGCGGCAGCGACCGCUCCGCCAGCCAAACAAGCCACGCCCACAGCCACGCCCGCUCCGGCUUCAGCCACACGCAGUCCCACCGGAGCCACCCCCACUCCCAGCACAGCCACCCGUCCUUCGCCUACAGCCAGGGCCCCCCGGGGCCCCUGAGCCCCCUCAGCCCCCCGGGGCCCGGGUCCUGCGCCCACAGCGAGCGCAGCCACGCCUCGUCCUACGGGCCCCCGGGGUUGCCUCCCCCUUACUGCCUGGCCCGCCUGGCCCCCAAGACCCCCGCCACCAGCAGCACGCCCCCUGGAGCCCCCCCCGGGAGGGAGCUGGCCGCCGUCCCGCCCGAGCUCACCGCCAGCCGCCAGUCCUUCCAGCACGCCAUGGGAAACCCCUGCGAGUUCUUCGUUGACAUCAUGUGACCCUCUUGGGAGAUGGCGCCGAUAGAAUCCUCUUGAGCAUAAACAAAUGACCUCUCUCUCUCUCUCUCUCUCUCUCUCUCUCUCUCUCUCUCUCUCUCUCUCUCUCUCUCUCUCUCUCUCUCUCUCUCUCUCUCUCUCUCUCUCUCCAUCUGACCGGCCACUGACCCUGAAGUCAGAGAGGAGAGGCUGGGAGCCAUGGCGACGUGGUCUCUCCGGUGUCCAGGCAACGGAAUGAAAAAGCACAAGGAGAGGGAAUCCUCUCUCUCUCUCGCUCUCUUUUUCUCUCUCACACACACACACACACACACACACACACACACACACACACACACACACACACACACACACACACACACACACACACACACACACACACACACACACACACACACACACACACACACACACACUCAAGGAGCACAUGUCCCAACAUGGCUUUGAGAUCAAUGCAAAACGAAAAGAAAAUAGAAACCCCAUCUUUUGUAUUGCCGUGACAACCUGUACAGUUGAUGGUAUGUGAGUGGUGUUCAACGUGGUGAUCCUUUGAAGCUACAGCUAUUUGACAUUAAGUGCAGAUCACUGUUGGGUCUACCGAGACCUGCUUGUGUCCAACUAUCUCAAUUCCUGACACACACCAGGGUCGCUCCCUCCCUGACCAGAGAUCUGCCACUUCUGGUGGUUGAACACACACACCCAAUACCAACUCUGCUCCAGUAUUGUGUUGAGGCGUGUCCUUCUCUCUGCGUGGCCAAGGUCUUCUAAAUGAAGUGUGAAUCUGCCAAACUCAUAAAUGUGUUUCCCAAAUUUCAAGGAAGGAACACCCCUCCCCCAUGAUGUAGUUUUUAGUGGGCUGCACAUUUGCAUGUCCGUCUCAACUGCUUUGAAGAAAGAUGACUUUUGUUGAUUUUAUUUUCAAGUAUUACUUUUUAAAAGUUGCGGGUUGGGGCGGGAGGGAGGGGCUAACCGCUUGCCAAUAUUUUAAAGAGAGAAUCCAUACACUGGAUCCAUUUUUGUUGUUAUUUAUGUGGUCCUGUUGCUUCGACGGUGUCAUACCUUGUCUUUUUCACGGCUGGCUGACAGACAAUCAGACGUUUUGUAACCUUGUGGCCAAUUAACACUGUCCUAACUGUGCUAUGUUGAAUGUAAUAUCGCUCUCAGUUACGGAGCCCUGACAUAGAGUGUCGAAGUCACGCCCCUUCCGGUAGAGCCCAUGGGACCUAUGAGAUCGAAAAAUAUGAAUGGGUUUCAAUGGAGAGAGAGUAAUUAUCUUCUGGUCCCAGUCAUUAUAUGCCCCGGAUUACACAUAUGUUGUUUGUGGAUUUAAAUGAUAAAUGAUAAAUAAAUGAUUACAUUUUUCAUGCAAAGAAAAUGAAACAUUUUCCCAAGUUUGAUAAAAAAAGUAUCAUUUAAAUCCACAAACAACAUAUGUGUAAUCCGGGGCAUAUAAAGACUGGGACCAGAAAGUAAUUACUUUAUCUCCUUUGAAACCCAUACAUAUUUUUUGAUCUCAUAGGUCCAUGGGCUCUACCGGAAGGGGCAUGACUUCGCCACUCUAUUCAUGACAGUCCAGUUCUGAACAAAUGUGAUGUCCCGCCCUUAUCGGUAACUCAACACCCCUCAAAACACUAUUGCAAACAGUGUCGUGAAACCACAGCCACUUUCAAAGAAAGACUAAAGGCUGAAAAAAAUAAAUAAAAAUAAAA